AUGGUAAUGCACUACAGACCAAGAGUUGCAUUAAAGAAAUAUGUAAUUGUCUACUUCCUUUUGGAAAAGAGCCUGAAACACAUCGAUCAUAAACCAGAACGAGAUUUUGAUGACCUGAAAUGCUCAACAAAAAGAAUACUGAUGUAUCAAAAUGGAUAUACAAUUGAAGAUGGCAAAGAAAUGAUCCAUUAA